AUGGCUAUGCCGCCUGUGCUGGUCUUUGGCGAGCCGCUGCAGUGCAUCCCACAUGAUGAACAGCCGGCGGUCGUUGGUUAUCGCACAACACUGCGGCGCAUGCUUGGUGUAACAGUGCCACCGUUCCUGUCAGGGCAAGGCGACGAGGGAUGCACCGGGCAACCGCAGUUGGACUCACCGCCGCAUGGCGAUCCACACAACGAAGAAAGUGGCAUCAAACAUAAAUAUAGUGACAGUAACAAAAUUGGCCAAGACGUGGCGGGGGGAAAACUUGUAGACAAACAGGAGUCCCACAUUAACGCCGUCGCAGAGGCCCAUGGCCGUCAAGAGAUGUACUUGCACAAGGUCAGCAACUCCAUUCCGGCAGAGUUUUUCCAAUUGGAUUUGGCGUUGGCGCUGGAGUUGGAGUCGAAGCGACUUCAGUGCCACACGCGUCGUUACUAUCGUGACUGGUGCUUGCACCGCAUAGGCGUACCGCGCUGGAUUAUGAACCCAGCGUACCAAGUGCUGCCCCACUCCGCAUUUCACCGCUCUCAUCUGCCGGAGGAGACGGCGGAUAUUUUGUUCAUCAAACAGCAACGACAACUAUUACAGUCGUCAAGUGGGGGUCAUGGCAUCGGUGAAAAGAAGCGAGCCAAGGCGAACAGAGAAAAACGGAGGCGCUGUGCCCUGUGUCGUCAUGGAUUUUCCUGGUUAUCAGGUGCCAAGGAGUGCGGUCGAUGCCAACGUCACGUCUGUGAGAAGUGCAUCUCGGAGAAUCCUGUGCGCCUAAUUGAGCUGGGUAUUCGUAAUGCUUGCGCUUAUGUGUGUUUGAAUUGUUCCAAAAAGGUUGAGCGACUGGAGGACAUACUGAUGCGGUUCCGCUGGAGUGAGCAUGAAGGUGGGGUAGACACUGACACGGAAACCGAAGAGGCCAUCGAUUUCUACGCGCGAAGCACGAUACCACGGAUAGCGUCCGUCCUGCCGCUGUACCCGAAUCACAGUAGCAGCUACCUGCAGGCUAGGCCAUUGGAGGCGUGUGGCAUGCCGUACCAACUGACGCUGCAUCCAUUGGCGCGUGUAGUUAGCGCGCCUGGAAUGGAUUCGGACACCUCUGUUGCUGCUUCUAUCUCACCCCUUUUCGAAGAGGUGCUUGGCGUCGAAGGGCUCAGCACUAGCACACUUGUGAGCUGGCGGUGUGUCGUGGAUGAGGAAUGGACUGAGUCGGCCACACGUAUAAGCCGCCACGUAGUUAUUCUUCUUCCCCACCCUGCUGCUAUUUCUCAUGGAGAGUUGCACUACACGUUGGCAGAGGCGCCGCGGGGCGCCAUCGAGGUGCAGCUGCAGGUGGGGGACUCUUUGCAGAGCCUCCGCCUCUUUCACAGCACGUCCAUCGCCCCAUACACGGCGACUGGAGAGAUGCCUGACACCAGUGGGUCUGGCCCACAAGUGCUAAAGCUGCUGAUGCAGCAGCAGCAGCAGCAGCAGCAACAGGAGGAGUCUGCCUCACCACGAGGGGCACGGGGCACCUCUAUUUUCACGGCUCUCUUUUUUGUUGGUGCUGUCAUGGAUCUCGCGUUGCUGCGGGUGGAACACUUCUCCGUGUGGGGCUGCUUCACCCCAGACAGGCCAGGUCGAUGCGCGGCGUACUACAAGUGUAAGCCUGACAUGUGUCGCUACGGUGGCCUCCACACACCUAUUCCGCACUGCACGAGCGGCGUAUUGGGCGUAGCAUGCCUCCCGCGUAUGCUGCCCAUGACGCGCCCCAUCCCACUGCGCAACAUGAUUCUGCACACCGACACGGAGCUGGUGUUGUUCGAGUUUGACUUCGCUGCCCCGUCGACGGUGUGCGGCUUCGCACUCGAGUUACAUCACCCAGCGGCGAUGACGACAUCGCACUGCGGCAUCGCAACGGCACUACGCCUUAUCGGCGUGUCAGCAUCAGGAUACCGUGGCAACUUGGGGCUCUUCCAUCUACCGUGGCCGCCGCUCCCGUCGCUCGAAAUGAACCUGCAAGAGAUAUUUGCCUACGCGUACAGCCUGCCGUUGCCAGUAUCUGGCAUUGUCUCGGUGCUUGUUGAGGUGGUCGAGUGGCGACUUGUUCAUGCUGCAGUGGCGGUGGGUUCGCCGAGCGGGGCACUGAAGGAGGUUGUAGAGCAGCGACACAGCAGCAACGACGAUGAAGACGACACCAACAACGGGGGCAGGAGUAGCAACAACAACAACAACAGCAGCAGCAGGUUGAGGGAGGCCGAGAGCCCACCACGGCGCGGUAUAUAUUUGGGCAAGCUACACUUCUGGACGAGCGCUGACGCGUCGACACGGCGCAUGGUGAGUAGCCAUACGUACACUUCCGUCCAUGCCGCACUCGACGGUGCAGACCCCAACUAA